UUCCCGCUCGAAUUCAAAAACCAAAACCGAGAAGCUUAUGCGCCAGACAGAUCUAUCGGCUAUCGCCAAGACACCGAGAGAGAAAUGGAGGUCAGCGAAGAAGAGAAGCAGCUAAUGCAGAAAAUCGCCAAAAUUCUCGACGAAACCAAGGCCUCAAACGCCAUACACAUCAGAAAGUUCAAAGAACUCUCCAAUCUCCGCUCAAAAUCUUCAACUCCGACUCAAUUCACUUUUGCCUUCUCCAAAACCCUAAAACCCAUUUUCCAUGUCCAACGCCGCAUCACCUCUGCUGAGCGCAUCAUUCGCUUCGUCUCAGUCUUUGCAAGCACUCGCGACCCGAACAAUGCCUCUGCUUGUGAUGAAUUUCUGGAAGAGUUUUUGAAGUUUCUACUAGUUGCUGCCAUGGCAGCUAACAAGACUGCGAGGUUUAGGGCUUGUCAGAUAAUCUCCGAGAUCAUAAUGAGGUUGCCGGAUGAUGCAGAAGUAAGCAAUGAUCUUUGGGAUGAGGUUAUAGAAUGCAUGAAGUCAAGGGUUAGGGACAGGAUUCCUGUUAUCCGUACAUAUGCCAUUAGAGCACUUUCACGCUUUGUAAAUGACACCGACAACUGUGACAUUCUUGAGUUAUUCCUUGAGAUGCUUACUUCAGAGCAGAAUGCGGUGAGUCUACCCAUUGAUUCAAUCAUAUCCAAUCAUAUUAAAUUUGAAUUACAUGCCAGGAUCCGGAAAGCUGCUUACUGUGUUCUAGCUGAUAAAUUUCCCCUCCAAAGUCUCAGCAUAAAGCUCAGGACAGUAAUUCUUCAGAGAGGGCUUGCCGAUCGAUCUGUAGCUGUUUCAAAAGAAUGUUUAAAGUUGAUGAAAGAUGAGUGGCUUUCUAAGUGCUGCAAUAAUGACCCUGUAGAACUUCUCAAAUACCUUGAUGUUGAAACCUAUGAAUCGGUUGGGGAAUCUGUAAUGGCUGCUCUUUUAAAUGAUGGAUUACUGAAGUUACAUGAUGAUCAAAGUAUUAGGCAGUACAUAUCAUUGACCCAGUCUGAAAAUGAAGGAGAAUCAUACAAUACAAGCAUCCGUCUAAUGGAUCCAGAAUUUGCUCUUUAUUGGAAGACUGUGUGCAGGCACUUGCAGAAAGAAGCACAAGAAAAAGGAUCUGAUGCUGCGGCAACAAUGGGCACUGAAGCUGCAGUAUAUGCAGCUGAAGCUUCGGAUAACAAUGACCUUCUGGACAAGAUACUUCCUGCAACUGUUUCAGAUUAUGUAGCUUUGGUCAAAGCUCAUAUAGAUGCUGGAGCAAACUACCAUUUUGCAUGUCGGCAGCUACUACUGCUUGGUACUAUGCUUGAUUUUUCUGAUUCUACAAGCAGGAAAGUUGCCAGUUCAUUUGUACAGGAACUAUUGCACAAGCCACUUGAUCAUGAAGCGGAUGAUGAAGGAAACCAGGUUGUCAUAGGAGAUGGCAUAAACCUUGGUGGUGAGAAAGACUGGGCUGAUGCAGUGUCCAGUUUGGCUAGAAAAGUCCAUGCUGCUUCUGGUGAAUUUGAAGAAGCGGUUCUUGGCGUUGUAGAAGAGCUGGCUCGACCUUGCAGGGAGAGGACAGCAGACUUCAUGCAGUGGAUGCACUGCCUGGCGGUCACUGGUCUUCUCUUGGAAAACACAAAAUCAUUGUACUGGCUUCAAGGGAAAGCUAUUGAGCCUGUUGAAUUGCUGCAAUCUUUAUUGCUUCCUGGGGCGAAACACGCUCACUUGGAUGUGCAGAGGGUUGCCAUCAGGUGUCUUGGCCUGUUUGGCUUGUUAGAGAGGAAACCAAGUGAGGAAAUGGUUAAGCAGCUGAGACUUUCUUUUGCCAAGGGCCCUGAUCCAAUUAGCAUAAUGGCAUGUAAGGCUUUAAUUGAUCUUGGCAUGUGGCAUGGGCCCCAAGAAGUUGACAAGGCACUAGGGAAGGAGCAUAUGUCUCAAUUUCAGGAUAGCAAAAAAGCAUUUAAUCCUGUAAAUUUUUCAGAUGCCGAUGAAGAUUUAGACACUGAAUUGCUUGAUCUCUUAUAUGCUGGUCUUGACAGAAAUGAUCUGGAAAAAUCUACAGAUGGUGAUGAAAAUGAGACUGUGCAAGCCAUUCUUGGUGAGGGUUUUGCUAAGAUUCUUCUUCUUAGUGAGAACUAUCCAAGCAUAUCAACCUCUUUACAUCCUUUGCUCUUAGCCAAACUCAUUAUUUUGUAUUUCAGCAAUGAAACAAAGGACCUGCAAAGGUUGAAGCAGUGUUUAUCAGUGUUCUUUGAGCAUUAUCCUUCCCUCUCAGCUAACCAUAAGAAAUGUCUAUCGAAGGCUUUUCUUCCAGUCAUGCGUUCAAUGUGGCCAGGUAUCUAUGGCAAUGCUGGUGGUGCUUCCUCUGUGGUAUCCAACAUGCGUAAGCGGGCAGUCCAAGCAUCACGAUUUAUGCUUCAAAUGAUGCAGGCCCCCUUGUUUGCUAAACAAACUGAAAUAGGGGAUGAAAAUGCCAGCACAGAACUACCAGAAGUUAUAGAAAGCAUUUCCCAACCUUCAUUUGAAUGUGGAGAGGAGGGACUUGCAAUACGCAUUGCUGCUGAGGUGGCAAGCUUCAAUGUUAAGAAGAAAACAUCUGCUGAGAAGUCAUAUAUCUCAGCGCUAAGCAGAAUAAUUGUCUUGCUUCAUUUUCGGCCAUCAGAACAAGGAGCGAUAAAGUUAAUGAGGAGGGUUUUGAAUCUUGUGGCUGACUCUGUAUCAGCAGAGAAAGAUAUUGUGAAAGAGUUAAAGCAGAUGGCUGAACAUCUCAAGUCACUAGACAAACAACCAAAUGAGGAACUGUUGCAAGAUCAAGCUAAUCUUCUCUUGGAGAGGUUGGAACUAGACAUUAACUUGGAUGCUGAUAUCUCUUCUGCCAUCCCCCAAACACCAGCUCCAUCACGAUCAGCUAAACCAGUGCGCUCAAGAAGACGAGUGAGACACGAAGAGGAUACUUCUUCUGAUGAAGAAACCUCACUGACCACAGUUGUUCAGACCAUUAAUGGUACUGAAGGUACCAGGUCACAAAGGGCAAGCAAGACUGCAGCUCUAACAAAGAUGACUACCAAAACUGUUGCUAGAAUAGAUGAAUGUGAUAGCGAAGAGGAAGGUUCAGACGUGACGACCGAGGAUGAUUCUGAUGACUCUGAGUAAACAUUUUAAGGGUAUGGUUAAAAUGCAGUGCUUUCUCAGCACAGUAAUCUGUUGUUGUAUGCUUGUCUCUUUGUUUAACCUUUGAUUAUUUUUGUGUACAUAUAAUGUAUUGUUUUUUGGCGGUGGAGUUGGCUGUGCUAAUUGCAUAAUCAGCCCAGAAAUGCUAUUUGUAUGGCUUUCAUUGAACUUCACCCAAAUAUCAAGUAUUGUACAAUUGUGUACCACACUAUUCAAGUGCUAGUGAAUGAGCUCAAUCUCUUUGUUGUUA